AUGAGUUUCUCCUCCAGGGUUGUUGACAGGAGGAUGGUCCACAUGGUUCAGCUCUGACUGAUUCUUUACUACUAACUCUAUCACAUCGGAACCAAACUCUGGGCUCUACGUGCUGCAGAUCGCCGUCGGCUAGAAUGACGCUGCGAUGGGUUUGAUGGAGCUGACUCGUGUUGGAGCUUUGGAUCGAUACCAAACGGACCUUCGGGAGUUUUAGAAAUGUAAAUUCUGCCACAACAUGGCUGGGAGUCAGAAUAACUACUGGGGACAGCAUGAGCUGAGCAGAGUUUGCUUUGGUCUGAGUGCUGACAUGGAUCACAACCUGAAGGAGCUUCAACAGCAGCAGAUGGCCAAACAAUUUAACUCCAACAUCUCCCUCUUCCUAACCUCUGAUAACUUACUGCUGCACCAUGAAGGAGACCAGGUGGUUCCUUCCUCCCAGAGACGAGCAGCGUUCGGCAGCCACCACAGAGAAUCCAAACCCCUCCCGCCUCUGCCCGACCCGGAGGAGCUGAUGUUGGAUGAAGCAGCUGAUAGUGAAGUGGAGUUCUUCACCAGUGACCGACGGCGCCUUCUGCCCAAAAGCUGCCCGAAGCCGGUGUGCAGAGGCAGCAGCAGCAGAGACUGUGGACAGGUGAACUACGCCUACCAGGAGAGUUCACUGCAUGCCAGUGGAGCUGGGAUUGCUUUCUCUUGGCCCAGCAGAGAGGAGGCAGCUAGAAGAGGCCGGUUUGGAGCAAAUAACUGGCUCCAGAGAGACGACAACCAGCAUGAGGCAUCAGCAAAUGGGAAACCAUCCAGAGACAGAUUCUCUUGCUCAGACAUCUUCCCUGCUGACAAACCCCUAGUCCCUCCUCGCAUCCCCAUCCCGCCCAAACCCACCGCUUUCUCAAAGACCAGCGACGAUGACAAGCCUCCCAAAAUCCCUCCGAGGGUCCCGCUGGUCCCGCCCUGCCCGCCGCGCAGCCCCAGCCCCAAAUGUCUUCCCAUCUACAUCAACGGAGUGAUGCCCGCCACUCAGAGCUUCGCUGCAAACCCGGAGUACGUGAGCAAGGCCUUACAGAGACAGCAGAGCGAACGGACGCAGCCUCCGGCCCAGUUUUCCCCCUGCAUCGUCCCCAUUCUGAAGGAUGGCAGACAGGCCAGCGCCACGCACUACAUCCUGCUGCCGCCAGGCCGACCGCCUCACCCCGACAGACGGGAGAGACUCAUGAGCGAACCGAUCAAGACGGGACACGGCGGCACCUGGCAGAAGAGAUAGAAACCCUCUGGAAGUACAGAACUGUGACUCACAUCACUAAUAACCUCGUGGUUUAAUGUCAUAUUGACUGAUAUUUUGUCACGCAGCUGCACUGGGAGGUUUGUUUUUCUGUUUUUGACUGAACAUUUUACCGGUCAGUAUUUUAGACUUCAACCCACAACACAUGAUAAUAUGCAGUAUUUUCACUAAUAGUGGAGAAAUAUUGACCUCCUGUAACCGUGUUUAACUUUGGUUCAGCGAGAUACAAACACAGGGAAAAUGUAUCAUCACUAAAGGCGCUUUUCCACUAGCACCUACUCGGCUCGGCUAGACUCGAUUUAGGUCGUUUUCCAUUACGAUUGAGGACCACCUCAUCGUGGGUGGAAUCAUCAUAGCACGGCGGCCCUUAACCUGAUUUGUGUGCGACACAAACGCAACACAACAAUGGAGGACAUGGAGGCAAUGAUAUACCUGCUGCUCAGUCAUAUUCAAAUUUUGCCAAGUUCCGUGCAGAGCAAUGCACACCGGUCCAUCUACGUUCCAACCCUCACUAUGGUCAUGAGCUCUGGGUAGUGACUGAAAGAACAAAAUCGUGGAUACAAGCGGCAGAAAUGAGCUUCCUCCUUAGGGUGGCUGGGUUCAGCCUUAGAGAUAGGGUGAGAAGUUCAGACAUCUGAAGGGAGAUCGGAGUAGAGCUGCUGAUCCUUCACCUCUAAAGGAACUAGUUGAGGUGAUCUGGACAUCUGAUUCAGAUCCUCCAGGGAAACUUCCUUUGGAGGUUUUCCGAACACGUCCACCUGGGAGAAGACCUCGGGGUAGAACCACAACCUGCUGGAGGGAUUAUAUAUCUCAUCUGGCCUGGGAACGCCUUGGGAUCCCCCAGGAAGAGCUGGAAAGUGUUGCUGGGAGGAGGGACGUCUGGAAUGACCUGCUUCAUCCGCUGCCUCCACGAGCCAACCCCAGACAAGAGGAAGAAAAUGGAUGGAUGGCAAUGUGCGCUGUCGUCAGUUUUUUUUUUUUUUUUUUUUUAAAUACCGGGUUUGGUUUUUGUGAAGGAUUCACUCUCGUGUGUCGUCACUCCCUGUCCAAUCAGUGGCCUGCACUCUGUAGACGUCACGUUAUCAGCUCGCUUUAAAACCCCGGCCAAGUAGGUACUAAAAUAGUAGCUGGUACCAGGUCCUACGUCCUAAUGGAAAACCUCACAACCCGAGACAAGUUGAGCAGAGUAGGUCCUAGUGGAAAAGCGCCAUAAUUUGUUUGUCUGACAGCCGGAUGCUCACAUCACCACCACCAGCCUGAGCUCAUAUUUUACUGUUCGUCUUACAAGAGAGUGAAUAAUUACAAUGGUACGAGCUGGGCUUGUAUCAAACUGUUUAUUACACGUGUGUCAUUUCUAUGACAAUGCUGCUUGAAAAGUUUAAUGUAUUGAUGGAUUUAAUGUUUUGCUAAAUCAUUCUCACUGACAGAUAUGACCAAAUUAGAAACCUACAGUGACGUCAGACGCUUCACCUGAUAAAGCUCAGGUUUUAUCAGAUGGAUUCUGCGGUGCUCUGCAGGUUUUUAAAAAUAAUUUCACUUACAUCAAACAUAUCAGUCUAGAUCAGGGGUGUCAAACUCAUUUUAGUCCAGGUUCCACAUUCAGCCCAAUUUGAUCUCCAGUGGUUGUUGGACACCCCUGGUCUAGAUUCUACAUGGAAAACACCCUCUGUUUUCAUUUUAUUCCAUUUAUUUAAAGGUACGUCGUCAAAAAGGAUCAAAAUUUGAAACUUGACUAAAACCUGCAUUUGAGUGUUUUCAUGAAGAACACGCUGAAGGUUUUACGCUGAUUUAGUUUUAAUUGAGGACUUUUAUAUUUAAACAGGAACUUUUAAUCAUAAUUGAAAAUUGUUUUAAUUAUGUUUGUGAAUUUAGCUCUAAUACGGUCAAACGGAGGACAGACGGGACGUCUUCGGGCGUCUUGUUACGUUUACACUGUUGAGGUGCAGGCCCACUUUCACCACUUUGUUACGGCCACCUGUUGGAAGUUCUCAUGAAGGUUCUGUAUCAGAUUUGGCCCGAAUGAAAGGCUGUUUAUCAUGUGUCAAACAUAAAUCACAGUAAAAUUGUUUUUAAUCUAUUUAUAGAAAUAAAUAACUUAUUCAUUCUACAA